AUGACAAAUAACGAAAUGAGACCUGGAUUUCGUUUAAAAAAAAUCGCAUUAAGCGAUCAGCAAAGAGCGCAACUGUCUUGGUUAGCUGCUAAUACAGAAACAAAUGAUCAACGCUCUCGAACAUUUCGUUUAAUAAGCAAACAACCACAACAAUUAUUAUCAACAAAUCAUAUCAACAAUAACAAUUAUUAUUAUCAUCAUAAAUUAUCAUUAAAACCAACCUUAUCACCAAUUUAUUAUGCAUCAAAUUUGCGAACUGUUCCACCAAUGUAUUAUUAUCAUGAUAAUUAUUUAUCACCAACAUUUACUCAACCUAUUUAUCUACCUGCAAUGAUGACAGCAAUUCGUAAUAUAAUAUCUAUUCUUCAAAAAACAAUGUAUCCGACUGAUAACACUGAUAUCGAUUAUAACACUACCACACGUGGCAUCACAAAAGAUGCAAAUUUGUCCAACAACAAUUCACAAUUACCGCAAUCAUCAACAUCAUCAUCUUUAUCACUGUCAUCAUCAUCAUCACUAUCAUUAUCAUUACCAUCAUCAUCAUUCUUGUUAUCAUCAUCGCCAUCAGCAACAGCAAUAGGAAAAGUGGAAGAAGUGGGAGUAACAUUGAAAUCCGGAAAUGAUGGUGGCAUAGAAACAGGAAAAAUAGUUAAUGUGGAAGAAAUGAAAGGAACAGGUAUUCGAGAGGUUAAAGAAAUAGAAGAUUUAAUCGAUUCAAACUUUUAUAAUAUUUUCAAAACUAAAAGUAUCACUACUUUUGCAACAACAACAACAACAACAACAACAACAACAACAACAACAACAACAACAACAACAACAACAUCGAUUGAUGAUGGUAGUAAUCUUUUGGGAAGUUUGUUAAGCGGUCGUCUUGAUAAGAUUGAUUGGUUUGGAUCACUUUUUGGCUUCAAUCAUUUACCAACAAAGGAAGAGGGUAGUGCUGUGGCGCAAAUAUUUGAAGGCGGUAUAUUUGGUCCAGCUAGUUAA